GGGGGGACGGCGACGAGAGGCGCUGAAGAAGUUGGAGGAGCUGGUGACGGAGCUGCUCCACUUCCGCGAUGGCCUCCCCCCCGCCCCCGAGGGGGACCCCGGGGACCCCCCUGACCCCGAUGAGCCCCCCCCGGGACCCCCCCCGGGACCCCAAAACCCGCUCCCCCCCCCCCCCCCCCCCGCCGGGACCCCCUGGAGGAGGCCAUGGAGGAGACGCUGCGGCGCAUGGAGGCCGUGCAGGUGUCCCCCGCGGGCCGGGGCCGGGCGCUGGUGCUGGUGGGGCGAGCCUUGGGGGUCUGCCCCACGGCGUGGGGCCGGGCGGAAGAGGCCUUGAGUCGGGCUCUGAAACUGGAGCCGGGGCUGGGCCGGGCCUGGAUCCAACUGGGGGAGCUCAAGUGGCGCCGGGGGACCUGGAGGGGGCCCCGGGCCUGCUUCGGGGGGGCCCUGCAGCACGGGGAGGAGGCGGAGGGCCGGCGGCUGCUGUCGAUGGCGCUGCGGGCGGGGGGCGCGGGGGGGGACCUGCGCGAGAGCCUGGCGCAGGCCGAGGCCGCCGUCCGCUGCGACCCAGACGGACGCUCCUGGUACGUGCUGGGCAACGCCUACGUCUCCCUCUUCUUCGCCGGGGGGCAGAGCCCCGACGCCGCCCGCCGCGCCCUGGGGGCCUACGCCCAGGCCGAGCGGGUGGACCCGGCGGCAGCCAAUAACCCGGACCUGCACCUCAACCGCGCCACCCUGCUGCAGUACCAGGAGCGGUUCGGGGCGGCGCUGGAGGGGCUGGGCCGGGCGGCGGCUCUCAGCCCCGGGUGGGCGGAGCCCCGGCGGAGGCAGAACCAAUUGCUGCGCUUCCUGGGCGCCCUCUGCGGGCUGCUGGCCAAUGGGGGCAAUCUCCGGGGCAAGCGCCGGCGGGGGCUGUCGGGGCCCCUCCCCCCGUCCCUGCUGGGCCCGUUGGGGGGCGUGGCCGAGGCGGGAGGGGGCGUGGCCCAGGGGGGCGUGUCCCCCCUCCGCCCCUCCCCCCUCCCCGCCCUCCGCCCCGGGCCCAACCCCCACCGCGUCCUGCUGGGCCGCGUCCUCUUCACCCUCGUCCCCCCCGGGGGGGUCCCCUACGCGGUGGGGCUGCGGGACGGGGGGGGGGCGGUGGCGGCCGUCACCGUGUACAACGCGGCGCCCGGCUGGGGCCUGGCCGAGGGGGACGCCCUGGCCCUGCCCGAGCCCCUCCUGCGCCAGCACCAGCUCUGCCACCAGGGACAGACGUUCUCCUUCACGGGGAUCCGCGUGGCCUCGCCGCUGUCGCUGGUCGUUAACGGGCGCCGCGUCCCCCCUCGGCGCUGGCCCCCCCCCGCCUGGCGCUGCUCACCCCGCCCGGGCCCGCGCCCCAGCCCCCGGGCGGCAAUUAGGGCCCGGGGGUAAUUAGCCCCCCCCAAGGGGUAAUUAGGCCCCAAGGGGGUAAUUACCCCCCCCCUCCUGGAUACUAAUUAACCCCCGUCCCCGGGGCUAAUUACCCCCCCCCCCGCCCCCGUUGUUAAUAAA